CAAAAUAUCCGUUAACAACAAGCAUGUUCCCAACCAGCACUGCAGUAAACCAAGUUCCAUACUCUUCAAACAUUCCGUCCCAUUCAACUGCACCAAUUGAAGCACGUGUCCAAAACUCCAGUCUGUACUUGUCAACCUCCGUUCUACCGGCAUCACCGACCGGCAUAUCGACAACAUUAAUAUCCAGCAUAUCGCUCGUUAAUCCAACUACAACAAAGACUGAAACAAUAACAUCCAGCGUUCAAAAACCAGGGCUAGACCCAGGUUCAUCGAAUCCAUCUUCAUCCCCAGACAGUGACACAGGAGUCAUUAUUGGAGCCGUGGUGGCAGCUGUGGUUGUCUUGGUAACAGUAAUCGUGAUUGUUGCUUGCUUUCGCUAUCGAAGAAUGUCGCCACGGGACAAGGAGCAAAACAUCGGCGAAAUUAAAAAUCCUGCAUUUGACGGUGAAACUCAACAAAGGGAAGAACUGCCAUCGGUGCCCAAAUCUGAGAGCGAUUACGAGGAGCCAACAGAAUAUGCACAACUCGACAAACUCAGAAGAGCUUCUAUUAAUGCAAAUUAUCAAAGUUUAAAACACGGAGACUACGGGAGUGGUUCUGGUGCUGUACUUAAAAAGGAAGGUGAAGAGGACUGUUCUAAAGGUGAUUAUGAGGAAAUGGCAGAAUAUGCACAAUUAGACAGUUCGAAAAGAGUUCCCAUCGAUGCAUAUUAUCAAAGUUUGAUACACAUGCAGAGACAAACAAAGUAGUUUUGGUGAUACGAGAGACCGUACUGUCAAAUAAAAAAGUUAUACCUAAUACGAACCAGAACUAUAUCAAGCUAUUAUCCUAUAGUGGGAAAUGCGGUCCCAAAAUGAGUGCCGUUUAAAACACCACAGAAAGCAAGCAUAUCCUACUUGAUUUUAUACCUUUUAAUAACCAUCUUACAUGUAAUCUUGCAAUUAAUCCGAGAAUCCUGUCUAUCUUAAUUCUCUAACGUGUCGGUGUUGCAAUAUUUCUGUUGGGACCCAUGCACAAGUGUAUAAAUGUUUGCCAUAGGCAUUUUUAUGCAUG